CGGUGUGUUCGGCUGGUCGAAUGGUACAGUUCCUUGCUGGUGCCGCGUAUUCGUCUGAGCUCAGUACACCGCAUAGAUGCAUGUUGUGUGUACACAAAGUGGCUCUCACAAAUUGGUUGAAGCCAGUUGGUGUGGUCUCGUGUUCGGCUGAUAUAACACUACCGUGGUCGAGAUAUCCAGUGCAACACCACACGAGUGUACGUACUGCACACACUUGCACCAACUCUACUCACAGGUAGCACCGGUGCAGACCAGCCGAAAUCGCUUAGUCAGUUAGUCUUCAAAAAGAAAAACGGAAUUACUUUAAUUGGCUAAUUUCUCGCCAUAUCUCUUCUUCUGUUGUUUCAUUUCUGUUAUUUCGUUUUUUAUUGGAACGUUCAAACUCGCUGAUGUGUACUGCGUGCCAACAGCCAUUAAGUCUCUUAUACAAUCGGUCGUUUAUCGCUACAUAAGUCUUAUGUCGUAGCCAUUGGUCAUAUUCAAGGCCACACGAGCCAAUGAGCCGAUCGCGACAGAAGACCGGUGACACCCAACAACGACAUACGACUUAUUGUAGAACAGACUUAAGUGUUACUGUGGCGGGAAGGCGUCCAUUUCAGUAUUUAAUUGACGAAGUUGCGAGAUAACCGGUGAGAAAAAUACAGAGGAAGAGUAGGAGAGACAAGGAGGGAAAAUAAAAGGAAGAGUCACAAUUCCUGCUGUAAAGAUUGUGAUACGUGCAAGAUAUCUGUCAACAAUAUCGCGGCAAUAUGCGUCGACUUAGCAUGAGGAACAAACGAAAGUCCGAGGCUACAAGCGAAGACGAGUCGGAAGAAAAUGGCGUAAACAACGGCGGGACACCCGGCAAGAAUAAUAAGACAUCGACCGUACGAAAAAGCGUCACAAAGCGACAUUCGGCAUCGCGCAGCGCAACGGAUGACAACGCCGAGGCGAAGAAUCCGUCGGACGAGCCGGAAAAAGAGCGCGAAAACGGCCAGAAAACGUCUCCGAGCCAGAAGUCGUCCCCCAACAAACGCAAAAAAAAGGAAGAUAAGGCGGCGUCUACCUCCAGCCACGAUAAAUCCAGUGAUGAUGAAGAUGAAUACGAGGUUGAAAAACUCGUGAAUCUUCGCACUAUUAAAGGUCGUCGGCAAUUUUUGGUACGUUGGAAGGGAUAUGGAGAAUCUGCCGAUACUUGGGAAAAUGAGAAAGAUUUGAAUUGUCCCAACUUGAUACAAGAAUAUCUAGAGGAAGAAAAAGAUAAAGAAUUUGAAUCUCAAAACAUUAGUGUACCCAAAACAAGCAAAACAAAAAAAUCUAAAGGUACUCCAAAAAAGGACACAGAAGAUGGAGAAGAACACAAGAAAGACGAGAAAGAUUCAGAGAAUGCAAAAGAAUUUGAAGUUGAAAAAAUAAUUGAGGUGCAUUUUAAGAAAAAUGGUACUCGUGAAUUCUUAAUCAGAUGGAAAGGAUUCAGUCCAGCUCAUGACAGUUGGGAACCAGAGAGUAACUUGAAUUGUCCGUAUCUAAUCUCAAGAUUUAUGGAGAAACUGGAAAAAGUAAAGACUGCUGACAUGCGAGAACUUCGGACAAAUCGUGUGCACACAAAACGAUAUACAUUAUCGACACAUGACGCCGGAAGAAGAUUGUCGAAACGUAACAGAGACAAGCAGAGGUAAUUUUAUUUUAUUUUAUUUUUUUCAUGUCAGUGUGGCUUAUUGUGUUGAUUUAUUGUAUGAUUCUAUGACUUACAUAAAAAAUGUAUAUUCUCUUACAACUUACAGGGCUACUUAUCACGAGUGCGAUGAAUAAAGUACCUAAGCGCUACAAUAUUCCCCAAUUUUUAUUUUACUUAUUCAAAAAAAAACAUAUAUAAAAGUAUAUAAAUAUAUAGUUUGUAGUUUGAAAAAAAUG